UCCAUCUAACUAUUGAUCCCACAAGCAGGAUUGCCUCAAGCAACUUAACGUUGAGUGCCGACAACCAGCUCACGUACACGCCCCACUACUACGGCAUCCAAAGCAUGGCCACGCUGCGAGUUUUGAAUGCCACCAUUGAGGCCCUGGAGUACCAGGCCUGUGCCAGUGAUGCGAAGCUCUUGAUGUUUGCAGCGGCGGCCCACAGCGAUGGAUAUCGCAGCAACUUGGUGCCUGCGCCAUCUAUUUUUAUGGGCGAUGCGUUCUACGAUAUCGAGGGACUGCGUUGCAUUAUCUCUACCUGGCCCAACUGUCACCACCUCCUGAAAAUCCUGAACUGCAACGAACGCUUCAGUCACUUGCCCGAUGCAGGCAUCGCCUACAUUCACCUACUCCACUGGAUUCUUGUGUGGCAGGCGUAUCCGAAACUACGGCGCGUAGACGGCGGACAAUUGCGUUGGCUGUGCAAGAAAAUGAAUCUAAAGCGCCCACUGCACAAUCCUGGCUACAUUCUGCAAGUAACUUACAAGGACGAGCCACGCUGCCUUUUUAAAUCGGCCAGUCCUCAUGCCUACUUUGGGUGUCCGGUACAUUUUCUUUAUCGACUACUAAUAAUGCGCGACACGCCCCGUCCGAUGCAUCUGUACGAGUUGCCAGAGAUGGCAACCGCUCAGUGCUCCGACACAAAGUGCAAUGGCUGGAUGCAUUCGCGCUUCGGUCGCGCCUCACGCUGUCUGGUCGUCUGUCAGCUAUUGGAUCAUUAUGAAAUACGAUUGCAGGAUGACGGGCAGCCGGAGUAUGUAGUCCACGAUCCGUCCUGCGUUCGCGUGUGCUAUUUACUGUUCUAUUCUGGUGUCAAAAAAUGUAUUGGAAUGCCACCCGAUUUUGCCAGCCGCUUAGACUGUAACAAUAGCAACACGGACAACACCGCCAACACGGACGUCACUGACAACAAGGCAAAGACAAUGAGUAUUGGCAAUGGCCGCAGGAUUUUUCGAAUAGCCCGUUGGCUGAAGAAACGCGCCCUAAAAUUAAUUCAAUGUCAAUCCUCAGCCUAA